CAGCAUGGGGGAGGGGCAGGCAGAGACACAGGGAACAGCUCUCCCACUCUGGUCCGUGUCAAACACAGGGCGAAGUCAGGCAGGAUGUGGACGUCAGCUCUUCAGUUGGUUUUCAUUGGUUUUUACCUUCAGGUACCCACAUGCUACCCAUCAUGCACUUUUCACGGCCUUGUGGCGGAUUGCCCCUCGAGAAACCACUACUGGGUUCCGGCUCUGCCUCCCAACAUCACCCACCUCUACCUGCAGAUGAACUUCAUCAGUGAGAUCAACAGCAGCUCGCUCAGAAACUAUGACCAUCUUCAACAAUUAGAUCUUGGGAUGCAGAAAGUGCCGCUCGUCUUAAGGAACAACGCUUUCCUUAGGCAGAGAAAAUUGACAAAACUGGUCCUAGGCUCCAAUAUUGGCCUUCAGAUGGAGCCAAGGGCAUUUGCAGGACUGUUUAAUUUACAACACCUCUUUUUGGACUAUUGCAAUUUGUCUGACUCCAUACUAGCAGAACGCUACCUGGAGCCCCUUUUGUCCUUAGAAACUCUUGAUCUCUCCCUUAAUGAAAUAGUGAGACUCAGACCAGGACUGUUCUUUUCAAAACUUACAAAGUUCACACAGCUUAACCUCAAAUUGAAUCCGAUUGAAACAUUAUGUGAAGAUGAUCUAGUUGGUUUCCGGGGGAAAUACUUCAAACUCCUGAAUUUGAACUCCAAUAAAUUUGAUAGGGGUUAUAGUGAAGAUUUUGACUGGAAGAAAUGCGGGAACCCUUUCACAGGGAUGGCCUUUGAAGUCCUUGACUUAUCCAGUAGUGGGUUCAACACGAAAACAUCAACAUACUUUUUCAAAGCAAUAGAGGGUACUCCAAUUACUCAUCUUAUAUUCUCUGGGCACCUUGGCAGAGACUUCUCGUUUUCCAACAUUCCUGAUCCAGAUGAAAGCACAUUUGAAGGCCUCAUGAACAGCUCAGUCAACAUUCUAGAUCUGUCUAAAAGCCGUAUAUUUGCUUUGCAGAAGGCAGUUUUGAGUCCCCUAAGGAAUGCAAUCAUUAUUGACAUUUCCCUGAACAGAAUCAAUCAGAUUGACCAAAAUGCCUUCAAUGGUCUUCAAGGACAUUUAAGGAUGCUCAACCUGUCAUACAACCUCCUAGGAGAAGUAUAUUCUUACACAUUUACCAAUCUCAAUGACCUCCGGGUGUUGGAUUUGUCUUACAACCACAUUGGUGCAUUGGCACCCAAAGCCUUCAGUGGUCUUCCAAAGUUACGAGCGUUAUAUCUGACAGGAAAUUCCCUCAGAGGCCUUGGCUCUCCUGCCGCAUUACCAAACUUAGAUUAUCUUCUUUUGGGUGACAAUAAGCUUAAAUCUCUGUAUGGAAUCAGCAAAUUUGGCAACAACAGUAUCCAUUUGGAUAUCGCAAACAACAGAUUAACAAAUUUAGAGGAUGUUUAUAUCAUUUUAACUUCUUUCAAUCGUCUCCAAAAUUUCUUCUAUGGUGGCAACAUCAUCAAGUGGUGCACAAUGAGUCUGAAAGUACCUCAUAUUAGUUUGGAAGUGCUGGAUCUUCAUGACAGUUCCUUGAAUGUCAUUUGGGCGCGGGGGGAGUGCCUCGACCUGUUUGAUCAUUUAGACAAUCUGCUCGGUCUAAAUAUAAGCUAUAACUCCAUUGCGACUUUCCCAAAAGGGAUUUUUAGCGGUUUAAACUCAAUCUAUGAGAUGGACGUAUCAUCUAAUGCCUUAACGUAUCUGCAGCAGGAUCUCUUUCCGACCACCCUGAAAAGACUGGACCUUUCGGACAACUUUUUAGCCUCCCCGGACCCUGUGACUUUUCUGUCUCUCAGCUUCCUCAGUCUGGCUGAAAAUCGGUUCUACUGCGAUUGCAAUCUAGAGAGCUUCCUGAAGUGGCUGAACGUGACGAAUGUAACCUUCGCAAGCCCGACUGAGGAGUACAGAUGUGAGUUCCCAGCCGCUCUCCAAAAUCUCCCUCUGGGGAAUUUCUCCAGGGUCAUCGAACCGUGUGAGGAAGACGAUGCAAAGGCCAUCCAAGAUCUUCAGUUGGCACUGUUCAUCGUCAACGCUGUCCUCGUCAUCACUGUCAUCCUCAGCGGGUUUAUUUACGCCCGUCUCCGAGGGCACAUAUUCAUCAUCUACAAAACCAUCGUCGGUAGGGUUCUCGAGGGCCCAAAACCGAACCUUCCUGUGGACGAAGUGCAGUACGAUGCCUUCCUCAGCUUUAGUGAAAAUGACUAUGGGUGGGUGGAAGCAGCUUUGCUGAAAAAGCUGGAUAACCAGUUUUCCGAGGAGAACCUCUUCCGCUGUUGUUUCGAGGCCAGAGACUUCCUGCCUGGUGAGGAUCACCUGACCAACAUCAGGGACGCAAUCUGGAGCAGCAGGAAGACUGUGUGCGUGGUCUCCAAAGAGUUCCUUAAAGAUGGUUGGUGCUUGGAGGCGUUUACUUUGGCUCAGGGCCGGAUGCUGGAGGAGCUGACAAACGUCCUGGUUAUGGUGGUGGUAGGCAAGAUGGCUCACUACCAGCUGAUGAAGUACCACGCAGUCAGAGCUUUCGUCCAGAGGAGGGAGUACCUGACCUGGCCGGAGGACCCUCAGGACCUGGAGUGGUUUUAUGAGCGGCUCGUCUCAAAGAUUCUCAAAGACACAAAGGUGAAGAAGUUUGCAGAGGACCAACCUGAGCCUGCACAGCCUGACGCCCAACCGCAGGAGGAGGAGGGUAUCCAGCUGGAGAACAUCGGACCAAUCCCAUGUCAACUCUGAUUGUUAAAAAGAUCGUACUUUAACCAAGAAAACCUGAUGGUACCAACAUCCCCCCUGCUGAAGUGUCCCCUGAGAGCAAGAACGCAGGCUUCUUUGCACUUUAAAUGGUCUUUUCUGAUUUUCAAGAAAUAAAAGGAAAUGGGUAUACCAACUUUAGACAAAUGAAAGGCCUCCUUAAACCCUUUGUAUUUCAGUUUCACAGAACCAAAUCCAGAACCCUGUGUUGUCUUUUCAUUUUCAUGUAUUUAGCAAAUAUGUGACAUGGCAUGACAUCUAUUUAAAAAUAAUUUUUCUAUUUGUAAUUGCCAUCACAGUAGACCCAAUGACUACAGUAACAUAAAUAAUGUUAAUUGUUAAUGUGUUAUUAUGAUAUUCGUAUGUAUCAUUUGCAACGUUAAAACUGUGAGAUAAGCCUGUUUUGGCAGAGCUUAUAACUUUGUCUUUUAACCAUUUGUUAGAUAGCUUUUCUUUUCACUUCACAUGAAACAAAUCCCCAGCACAACUUUGAAAUGCUGAAGAGAGAAAGUGUGUUUUGAUCUCUGCAGGUGGUGAGGACUGCAGCUGAAGGCAGACCUGAACAUAGGUGUAUUCAGGGAAGUGUGUACAGAAUGAUAACUCCUGUCAUUUGUUAUUUCUAUUAAUACUGUAAAAACACGUUUAAUCUAAUUUUAUUUCAAUUUUUAUUUGUAUUUCUUAUUUUCCUUUUUUCCUAUGUAUAUUCCGUGUGUGAAAUAUAUGUUUCUUCUUAUUCUGUCGCUGCCUUUACACGUGAAUUUCCCCCGGCGGAUUAUUGAAGGUCCAUGUUGUCUUAUCUUGUUAACAUUAUAUCACUUUGUAUGUAAAGUCAUUUUUUUUAAUAAACUGAAGAAGCUUCAUUUUCCAGCCGGUUCCUCCUUGUGGAUUGGUAUCACUAGAUUUCUGAGUGUUUACAUCAAAUAAAAUAAUGUAUUUAUUAUGGUAUUUGUAGGAGCCAAAAUGCCCUUGAGCCUGAGUUUAUUAUUUGUAUUAUUAUUAUUAUUAUUUGUUUACAUCACUUUUAUUUCUAUUUGUUGAGCACUUCCGGCAAUUGUCACAUGGGUGUGGUUGUGUGUUUAGGUCACCUGUUGCUGGGGGUGGGACGACAGAGGGUGGGCUUGCACUGAUACUUCUUCUGUGACCUACCUAAUUUAUCGUGGUUUCAUUUUGUUUAUUAAACAUCAACAUUUCAACUUCA